AUGCAGCUUCGAAGCAUCCCUGUCAUUUUGGGAGUGCUUCUGCCGGCGGCUCAGGCUGCACUUCGUCAACACACUUUGAUGGUUACCAAUGGCACGAGCAAUGCCGAUGGAGUUACUCGCUCUUCGUGGCUGAUUAACGGCCAGACCCCUGGUCCUCAUUUUGUCUGGGACGAAGGCGAUGACGUCUCCGUCACUGUCAUCAACAAAGGCAGCGAACCCAUCACCGUUCACUGGCAUGGAAUCGAGCAACAUGGCACUCCCUGGUCCGAUGGUGUACCUGGCCUGGCCCAGUAUCCAAUUAGACCUGGUGAAAAUUUUGUAUACAACUUUACGUUAUAUCAGUCCGGAUUCUACUGGUACCAUUCCCACUAUAAAAUGCAACUCGACGAUGGCCUUAAAGGGACGAUAUACAUCCGUCCAGAUCCCAAGAAACCAAAACCAUUCAACCAGAUCUCCAAUGAUACCACCGUUCUGAACCAACUGAAGAAUGCCGAAAUUAAUCCACUGAUGCUUAAUGUCUACGACUAUAAACACUACACAUCGGAGUAUUGGAUGUCCGAAUGGGAACGCACCGAUGUCGAGCAACUUUGCAUUGACAACAUCAUUGUCAACGGAAAAGGUCAGGUUCAAUGCCCGGACAUGACAGAGAUCAAUAGCCUCGCAGCGUCAUACCAAAAGCCAUUGACCAAGAAAGGCUGUAUGUACCCCAACAACACCUUGAUGUUCCCUUACUUGGACUCUAAGCCCUCGACGGUUGAUCCAAAAAUGUGGUACGAUUGCUCGAGCACAAAGACACCUUUCGAAGUCUUCACCGCUAAGCAAGCUGACGGUUGGGUUUCAUUUAUUCUGUUGAAUAGCGGUGCACUAUGGGAUCUCCGAGUCUCUAUUGACUCGCACAAAAUGUACUUUUUCGCUGCGGAUGGGCACUACACUCAGGUUCAAGUUGCAACAUCCGUUCUAAUCCCCAUAGGCGAACGUUACCAGUUUUUCGUCAAACUUGAUCAGACGCCUGGAGACUACAUCAUCCGAACCGCUGCUGUGGUUAUGCCCCAGUUAAUCAACGGAUACGCUAUUCUUUCGUAUACUAGUACUGGUGCCACCGGUGCCGGACUGGUUAGCACAACUGCUCUUCCAGCCGCUAAAACUCCUUACAUUGACUAUGCUGGUGGCAUCAUCAAUGGCGGUGUUGAUCUCGUUACUGCUAAUCUGGCACCUUAUCCCCCCACCCCUCCUCCCCAGGGCAAGGCUGACCUCACAUUGUCUUUGAACGUAACCCGGACUGGCGAGUUCGGAUGGGUUCUCAAUGGUAACACCUGGCAGCAACCGGCAGAUGACUUUACACCUCUCUUGUUCCAGCCAAGCGAGGUUGCAUCUUUGGACCCAAAAGUAUACUUCUCAUACAAGAAUGGCACUCUGGUUGACCUCAUCUUCACCGUCACGGCUGGAAACCCUGCCGCUCAUCCUCCUCACCCUAUGCAUAAGCACGGCGUUAAGGCUUGGCUUUUGGGCACUGGCACUGGUGCCUUUCCUUAUACUACAAUUCAAGACGCUGUCGAUGCCGGGUAUAGCGGUAUCAAUAUCAAGAACCCGCCUCUGCGUGACGAUUUUCCAACGCCCGGAGAUAUUACUGGCAAAGCAUGGAUGGCUGUCCGCUUCCGCGCCGUCGACCCAGGCCCGGUCAUUCUUCACUGCCACAUUGAUCCUCACCUUGCAACUGGAAUGGUUGUUGUCCUCCUUGAAGGAGCCGAGAAGAUCACUAGUGGAUACGUUCCAAGCUACUACUUGACCAAGAACAAGCCGUGA